AUACUCCGUAUUUGUUUUCGACUUUCGGGUUUCCGCCUUCAAACCAACCCUAACAGCCUAACACAAUAAGUCAAUAAGCGGCCCUCUCACGUCACUCCCCGCUUCUACUCUCCGGUAGUCUGCUAUCGGCGAGCACGACACCGUGAAAUUAAUUUUUGAUAUCCGACGGCUGGGAAGUUAAUGUUUGAUUGCAUCUCCAUUUAUUUCGAAUAGAACUCCAUACCCUUUUCGCCUCAUCAAGGCGUUCCCUGGAUUCUUGUCUAUGCCAGAAAUGACUGCUAUGCUGCUAAAACCGGAAAUUGGGACUGAAUUGUAGAUCGUUUAGUUCGUUGAAGGAUUUGUUUACAAACUUCCGAGCUGUUUCAAACUCAUGGCUCGUCGUCGUCCUCGAACCAAACCUGGGUCGGAUCUCAUAAGUCAACUGCCGGAAGAUUUAAAGCACAGAAUAUUGGAGCGUUUAGACACUACAAGCGCAGCCAAAACUGCCCUUGUCUCAAGGCAAUGGAUGGAUGUUUGGUUGCGGCAUAGUAAGCUUGUCUUUGGUUGGCCACGGGGAGAGGAAGAUGAGGAUGGUUUCAAGUAUAUAGUGAAAACUAUAACUAACGUUCUUCUGCUCCGUACUGGGCCAGUUAAGAAAUUCAUGCUGGGGUUUUACCGAGAGUACCAUACUCCUGAACAGUCUGAUCUUGAUGUUUGGUGUCUAUUUCUAUCAAGAAAUGGUAUUGAGCAACUUUACCUAGGUAUUCAUCCUAAUCCAGACAUUGGCGAGAAGUUCACAAUACCUUUUUGCAUAAUUUCCUGCCCUACAAUAAAGACGCUGUAUGUUGAGGGUCUUGAUUUGUGUGUCCCGGUUUGUGCUCCACAUGGUGGUAUAUUGUCUGGUGUGACCACUUUAGCUUUCACCUCUGCUGAGUUUAAAGUCAAGGCUAGUAAAAUUCUCCGUGUUAACAUUCCUGACCUUGAGGAGCUCAGUCUACGUUUGUGUCAUGGGAUAGAUAAUUUUGUGUUCAGUGCUCCGAAACUUAAAAGGCUCAUGAUCCUUUAUUCUAAGUCUACUAUUGAUUGGAAAUGGUUUGAACUUCAUUUUUUAGGGAUUACGACUCUUUGUUUGACGGUAGACUCGGUUUUGGUCAAACCUGCAAGAAAUAUCCAAGAGCGGCUUCCAACUGCAAUGAAUCUGCAAGUGAUUAAGCUAUAUGAUUUUGCUUUUGUCUGCCAGAAGCACAUUGUUGUUGUCAUUCAGUUGCUUAAAAAAUGUCCAAACCUACUUGAACUAGGAAUUAAGAUCAAACCAAAGUCACAUGGCAUAUAUAAAGAAGAAGAAGAAGAAGACGAUUUCCCUGAUCUGAGUAUUUUGAAAGAUCCAAACAGUUGGUUUGAUGAUCGGGAUCUUUGCAAGCUAAAAUCGGUGAAGAUGGAGUCAUUUAAUGGAUUAGAGGAGGAAGUGGUCUUUAUUAAAACUAUCCUUUCAAGGUCUCCUGCCCUUGAAGAAUUUACUAUUACAGAAUCGGUAGAUAUGGACACAUCUCUAGCAUCCAAAUUCAAAAGGAAGAUGACCACCUUUCCUCGUGCAUCUCCAAAAGCAGAAGUUAUCUUCACGGACUUCGAAUGUCUCAUCUCCAGCGUGAAGAGUUUAUUCCCUAAAUUUUAGACAUUUGCAUCAGUUUAUAAGGUGCACCGUCAUGAGUUCUGUUUGUAUAUGUAACUCAAGAAUAUCAAUCACAUGUUUUGUCAGAUAAUUGGUGCCUUUGUGGUGUUUACUUUUAUUUUGUGGUGUAACUCAAGUUUAUAUAUCCAUCAUUAUUAUCCCUUACAUGAAAUAGUGUAUUAUGUCAAACAAAUUUUCAAUAUUAGAAAUGACAAUUCCACUUUUCCGUCAUUUGCGAUGG